CCACGAGGUUAUGCGCUUAUUCUCCUAUAAGGUGUCUAUAAUACGAUGGCCCAAAGAGCGGCGGUAAGGAACACGUAUGCGGUCGACCGCACGCUUCAGCCCAUCUACGCCGGUGGCAGCAUUGCCUUGAGCGAAGAUGGGCGCACACUGGCGGCAUCCGUGGGCGAAGAUGCGACGCUCACAGACCUCACAAAUGGAAGAGAGUUGGGUAGAAUAGAGGGUGACGGUGAACCCGUUACCGCCUUAACCUUAACGCCCGAUGCUUCGCACCUCAUAAUAUGCUCCCGAUCGCUCUCUAUGCGCAUAUACUCUCUGCUUCCCUCCGAAACCGACGACGAAUCAAUCCAACCCGAACUCCUCCGAUCGCUCCGACCGCAUACCUCGCCAGUAGUCACUCUGACGGUGGACAAAACCGGUACACUUCUGGCUACCGGUGGUGCAGACGGUAUUGUGAAAAUCUGGGAUAUUCGAGCGGGCUACACCACGCAUACGUUCCAUGGCCACGGCGGUGUUGUCUCUGCGCUCCACUUCUUCCAGGUCGGCGUUUCCGCGACAGAAGAGUCAGCCGAAAAGAGCAAGAAGAGAAAGCGAAGAAAACCGCAACAAGAAGAUGCUAGUGCUGAGCAUGGGAAUGAGGAAAGUACAUUGGAGUAUAGGCUUGCUUCAGGCGCAGAAGAUGGCAAAAUUCGGAUAUGGGACCUUCACAAAAGAAAGAGCUCAGCCGUCCUAGACUCACACGUCUCCGUAGUACGGUCGCUUGAGUUUUCACCAGAGCAGAAAACGCUGGUGUCAGGAAGCAGAGACAAAACACUAAUCCUAUGGGAUGCGGAGAGGUGGAAAGCGAGUCGCACCAUCGCAGCUCUUGAAGGGAUCGAGAGCGUAGGGUUCACCGCUGGAGGACAAAUUGUCUUCUCUGGUGGAGAAAACGGUCGAAUACGGCUCUGGUCCACGGCGACCGGGCGGGAACUUACGCAGGAACAAGAAGCCGGGACCGAGACGGAUGCGAUCGUAGGCAUUCUCUAUCAUGCGCCCAUGCCACAUUUGAUCUCAGUACAUGCCGACCAGGUACUAAAUUUCCACUCACUAGGAUCACUGGAACUUCCCUUCGUCGAAGCGACUAUUAGUCCGUUACCCAUCUUCCGAAGAGUGUCCGGUACCUACGACGAGGUUAUUGACAUAGCCUACGUUGGUUUGGAUAAGUCCCUGCUGGCGCUCAACACAAAUUCAGAGGAUAUCCGGAUAGUAACGCUAAGGUCCGAAGAUGGGAAAGAAGGAAAAUACUUCGGCGCAGACGUAGGCUUAUUGAAGGGACAUGAUGACAUUAUCGUAUGUCUCGAUGUAGACUGGUCCGGACACUGGCUCGCGACAGCUUCAAAGGACACGACCGCUCGGCUAUGGCGCCUGGAUCCUGAGCACGACUCGUACACAUGCGCGGCUGUACUCACAGGCCAUGCUGACCCCCUUGGAGCCAUCGCUUUGCCGCAUACAACGCCCCCAGAAACCUCAGCAGCGUACACACACCCUCUAUCGUAUCCGCCAGCAUACGUUGUCACCGGCUCCAAUGACAAAACACUGAAGCGCUGGGAUAUCGGCAAGGAAAUGAAACAGAAACUGCGAGCGAAGUAUACCCGCAAAGCCCACGACAAAGAUAUCAACGCGGUCGAUAUUGACCCAUCAGGCGCCCUCUUCGCCUCAGCAUCACAAGAUAAAACAGUCAAGAUAUACUCAGCCGCGGAAGGUGAGGCAAUAGGGGUGCUCCGUGGACAUCGUAGAGGCGUCUGGACCGUCAAAUUCCAGCCCAAAGAGUCCCAGGUACCCAAUUCUGGUAGCAAAGGCUUGAUAGCGACAGGGAGUGGAGAUAAGACGGUUAAGAUCUGGAGUCUAUCGGAUUACAGCUGUCUGCUCACCCUCGAAGGCCACUCCAAUAGCGUGUUAAAGCUCGCUUGGUUACCCUAUCGAUCAGUCGAUGCUCGCGACAGACGUGGCCCGCAACUAGCAUCUGCAGCUGGUGACGGGCUUGUCAAGAUAUGGGACUCUGCGUCUGGUGAGGCGAUGUCUACCCUAGAUAAUCACACCGACCGUGUCUGGGCACUGACUGCACAUCCCACCUCCGGCGCUCUUGUAUCCGGUGGCGGCGACAGUGUCAUCACUUUCUGGGUGGAUACGACGAGCGCAACUCUGGAAGCCGCUACUACUGCCGAAACUGCACGUGUAGAGCUCGAUCAACGGCUGCAGAACUACGCAUAUGCGGGGAAUUACCGCGAAGCGAUUACGCUGGCCUUACAGAUGGAUCAACCAGGCCGCCUCUUCACGCUCUUCAAAUCCGUCGUCGAGACCGAAGCCCCAGACGAAGAUAGCAUGUCUGGUCUAACGGCCGUUGACGACGUCCUAGCCAACCUUGCAGACGAGCAACUUUACAAACUUCUCCUACGAUUGCGCGAUUGGAACACGAAUGUGCGGUCCGCUGCCGUGGCUCAAAAGAUUCUCUGGACCGUAGUGAGAUCGUAUCCAGCAGCUAGGCUAGCGAGCAUAAAACCGGCAGGUAAGGUGGACACGAAGGGGAGUCUGAAGGAUGUGCUCGACGCAAUCAGGGCGUACAGUGAUAGGCAUUAUAAAAGAGUGGAAGAGCUGAUUGAUGAGAGCUAUCUGCUAGACUUUACGCUCAGAGAGAUGGAUGAGGUGGGCGAUGUGAGAGCCGUCACGAAUGGGACGCCUCGGAAGGGGCUAAAUGGGGAUGUGGUUAUGGCGGAUUAGGUCAGGAGCGCAAUAAGUACUUGAAUAUACCCUUCUUCAAU